UGCAGAUCCUAACUGCCUUGUCAACAUCUUUGAGCAUCGGCAGCUCCGGAGGCCGGGGUAACUGGCGGGUAGGAAAGUAUGUGAAAGAAUCUCCUGAUGUCAUAAUUUCCGGGUGUCACUGGAACAUUUGAUCAUCAUUCCUUUGGCAAUUCCAGCCUUCUAUGGAAGGCCAGUAGAAAGCAUUGAUUUAUUCACCUCUACAGGAAUCAGACUCAGCCUCUUUUGGUUUUCAGUGAAUUAUGCCUUUUCGAUUUGGAACCCAGCCAAGGAGGUUUCCAGUGGAAGGAGGAGACUCUUCAAUUGGGCUGGAACCGGGGCUGAGCUCCAGUGCUGCCUGUAAUGCGAAGGAGAUGUCACCAACCAGGCAACUCCGGAGGUGCCCUGGAAGUCAUUGCCUGACAAUAACUGAUGUUCCUAUCACUGUCUAUGCAACAAUGAGAAAGCCACCUGCACAAAGCAGCAAGGAAAUGCAUCCUAAAUAGCACCAUUAAGUCUUUUGUCAAGGUCUGACUAGGUCAAGGGUAAUGGACCAGUAUCAUCUGCUGAUCUGGUAAACAAAUAAAAGUGGUGGCACCUUUAGAUGAUGACAACAGUUGAACUAUUUACUUUUGGUAAGACAGACAGAAAUGUCAGCAAAGCACACGUAGUAUUAGGCUAUCAGUUAUGUCUGACACAUAAGACAGAAUAAUAUUUCACAAUUAGAAAAUACCUUAGAGAUCGUCUUGCUCACGGCAGAUCAUUAACAUCAAUAAUUAAAGAUGAAGCUUAAUCUACCUUGGUCGUCAGUCAGGUGGGGCUUAUUCUAAAUGCUUAAUAUGUCUUAGGUUCAUUUCCUUGUUCAUAUUUGGGUUGCUACUUGGCUAAAUCCUUUCACCUUAGUACCCCAAGACAGUUUCCUGGCUUGAUAUUAUUAGAUAAUGCUCUGCUCGGGUAUAAUUAUGUUGGGUGAGAAAUGGAGCCCUGGGGUUGUGUGUUUUGGAAGAGUAUUCAAGAUCAAAGAAAGUUCUUAGUCCAUGGUUAAUCUGCAAGGCAUUUAAGCUACUUCCGUAGAGGAGCCCAGAUUUUGGUUAAAUGUAUUGAUAAUGAAGUCAAAGCUAUGGUUCUAACCCCGAUUUUUCCAAGAAAAAUGACGUCUGGUUAUCACAUUGUACCCCAAGUGCUAACCAGUUAUCUUGAUAAAUUGUUUGUAGUAGGUUUUGAGAAACUUCAUGUGGAUUUUUUAAUUUGGUUGGAUGUAGGAUCACUUUUGAGGUUGAGGCCAGCUCUCUAUGUUCUCUUUUUCUUCUUGCAGUAGUCCCCAGAAACUCAGCGUGAUUUCCUUUUCUCUCGAUGGCUGUCAGCAUCCAUCUAAUGAAAUUGUAGUCUCCAAAAGACUGACUUUAGGAUCAGA